AGGAACGACUGGCUCAUUAAUAAUAAUCGAGGAAUUUCGGAAAGAAUGAAAAUCUUUAAAAACGUCAACACUCGCACAUACACACCGAUGAGGAUCUUUUGCUUUUAACUGUCUGCAAAUUAUGUUUAAAAUUUUGCAAGAUAGAUAUUACGGUUUAGAAAGAAGACAGAAACUGUACGAUGCAGCGAAAGGAAAUAUUGAUUUUGUUCAAAGACUGAAACUGCAUAGCAAGAUAGAAGUUCAUUCUGGAUGUGUGAACACAAUUUGUUGGAAUGAAACUGGCCAGUACCUUCUAUCGGGAUCAGAUGACCAGCACCUUGCUAUAUCGGAGCCGUUUUCUGGAAAGUUUACAUCUGUUAGAUCAGGACAUAGAGCCAAUAUCUUUAGUGCCAAAUUUCUACCUUAUUCCAGUGAGAAGAUAAUAAGUUGCUCGGGUGAUGGAAAGAUUUACUACACGGAUGUGGACACAACAUGCAGAACUAACCUCUUCGACUGCCACUUUGGUACAACAUAUGAGGUGAUUGUGAUCCCCAGUGAGUCGUCGACCUUUCUGUCCUGUGGAGAGGAUGGCACGGUCCGUUGGUUUGACCUCAGGGCCAAGACUUCUUGUCUGAAGGAAUACUGCAAAGACGACAUUUUGAUAAACUGCAGACGAGCUGUCACGUCCUUGGUUGUCAACCCACUUAUUCCUUAUGAACUGAGUAUUGCGUGUGCAGACAGUUCGGUGAGGAUAUAUGACAGGAGAAUGCUGGGAACGAAAGCCUCGGGUUCUCACUGCAGUAAGGGUAUCACAGGUAUGAUCAGCAAAUUCACUGCCCCCACACUGUCCAACAGACCUCACAGAAUUACCUCCCUUGCUUACAGUCCCAAUGGAGAGGAUAUACUGGUCAGCUAUUCCUCCGAGUACAUCUACCUGUUUGGUGCGAAGGAUUACAAGAUGAAGAAGUUGCAAGCCCCUGCAGAGGUCUUUCAGAAGUCAAAGUCGAAGAGUGGGCGAAUACCAAAGAAAGUUAAAUCCUCCGACUGGUUCUCGGACACUCCGUCAACAUCAAAGCCACCUCCUAAACAUAAAGAGCCUGAGUCCCUCCCCUCCCCCAGAAGUCCCAGGGAACCUCCAACAGACCUGCCAAUGUCCAGCACACCCCCUCGGACUUCUUCCUCACCUAGACAGUCCACAUCAGAGGGGGUCACUUCCAUGUUGUUGCCCCAGAGCCCAACAGGGUCAGCACUGAGGCAACCACCAAUCAAAAGGCUGCGUCUGCGAGGAGAUUGGUCGGAUACUGGGCCCCAUGCCAGACCUGAGAGUGAACGACAGACAAGUGAACAACCUGACAGACAAACCACGAUCAUGCAGAGAAUGUCGGACAUGUUGACAAGAUGGUUGGAUGGAAAUCUGAGACGACAGGGGGAGGAGGGGAGGGAACAGGAAAGCAAUGAAGCACAAGAGGGGAAUUCUGAAAACCAGGCCUCUGGAGGCCAGGCCGAGGGAGGUGGACAUCAAAGAAGUGAUGAAGUCAAUGAACCAACUUCUGUUGUCGACGAGAUGGAAACAGACGACACUUCUGAUGGAAACAGACUACAGAAUUAUGCAUCGUCAAGACAAGACUCCAGAGUGGAAAAUGUAGACUCUGUUAGUAGUGAAAAUAAUCUUCAUCCAAACUGUGAUAAUCCAGACAGCAGUUCCACAUCAACAAGUGCAAUACCAAUACCCCACAGUCUUUCCAGCUCACAGACAGCUGUUUCAGAAGGUCAACUUACUCAAGCUGGUCUCACUGAAGCCACCAGGAGGACUGCAAAUCCUGAUCCAAAUCCGAGGCUUCCAGAGGUCAGGAAUAUUAUUACGGGUGAGCAGAGAAGGCUCCAGGCUGGACUGCUUGUUCAGGAGGAGCCUGUUAUAAGUCUUCAGUAUUCCUCUGAAGGCACUACUAAUAGCACGGUCAGACUUGGCUUUGCCAGGUUUGAGAAUUUAGAAGCUGGUAUUUUGGAGAGGAGUGCUGAGAAUGCUUCUCUACAACCUUUAGUAAGGGAAGCAACUCCGACUGGAAGUACAGACUUUGAAAACCGCAACAUUGAUAAAGCCAGACAAACAGUGAAUACUGCAGAGGAUAAUGAAAAGGAAAAGGGAGAACCGGUAGGUUUCGUUGAUUCAACAGACAGUAGUGAUAUCUUCGACAGUGAUUCAUUCUCAGGCGAGUCUGGAAAAGAGGAAUCAGGGGAGAAAGGUGAAAGUGCAAUCGAUAGUGUUGAAACUAGUACUCUAAGUGAAUCUCAUGAAUCAGAAAAAACAUGUGAAACUUUGACAGAGUCGAGUGCUGACACUCAGCCUUCAACUAGUUCACAAUCGGGGAGCAGUUCACAGAGGGCUGGGCGAAGAGAGGCCAGCGAAGCAGUGAAAGAGAAGAUCAGACAGAUUGGUAGGAUGAGGAUUUUAGAGAGACUCUGUAGGGAGGGCACCUCAGGAACCCAGCAAAACAGGCACUCAGAUGAUGGUGGAACUUCAGAAGACGAGGAACUGCCAGUUUCCAGGGUCACUAGUCAGUCAGAUGACCAAUCUACAGGUAAUGUAGCUGGAGCAGACUCGGUGCGUCAGAGAGCUGAAAUUACUGGUCAUUCAGGUCAGGAGGCUGUCAGCUCGGACGAGGAAGGGGAGGGUCAAAGGGACACCCUGGAGAGGCACAUCACAGCCAUUAGACUACAGGAGCUGUACAAGAAACGGCAGGAGGAGAGAGAGAAUGAAGAGAUAGAGAUGAGGAGUAUUCACCAGCCUCUACAUAAAAUCAAGUUCAAAGGUCACAGGAAUGCUCGAACCAUGAUAAAGGAAGCGAAUUUCUGGGGCGACCAGUUUGUAAUGAGUGGGUCAGACUGCGGUCACAUCUUUAUCUGGGAUCGGUACACUGCCAAACUAGCCAUGCUUCUGGAGGCUGACCGCCAUGUUGUCAAUUGUUUACAGCCACACCCAUUUGAUCCAAUUUUAGCCUCUAGUGGCAUCGACUAUGACAUCAAGCUCUGGAUGCCUCUAGAAGAAAGUCCUCACUUUGAGGAAGAGGUAGCAGCUGAGAUCAUGAGGCGGAAUGAGGUAAUGCUGGAGGAGACUAGAGACACCAUCACUGUUCCGGCAGCUUUUAUGCUCCGAGUUUUGGCUUCUCUCAACCAGAUCAGGGCAGGUCGUGCAUCAUCCAGCAAUGAAGCUGCAGCUGAAAAUGACAGUUCAUCUAGUGAAUCUGAGUGAUGUUCAGUGAUUCUCGGUGAUUCCAGUGAUUCUGAGUGAUGUUCAGUGAUUCUGAGCGAUUUUUAGUGAUUCUGAGCGAUAUUCAGUGAUUCUGAGCGAUUUUCAUUGAUUUUGAGCAAUAUUCAGCGAUUCUGAGCGAUGUUCAGUAAUUUUGAGCAAUGUUCAGUGAUUUUGAGCGAUUUUCAGUGAAUCUGAGUGAUAUCAUCAGUUUUACAAUCCACAUUUUAUCUACAAACCUGAUCAUGAAGCUAACUGUGCACCGGCGUGAGCUUUUAUGUCAGCUCAAAGCUUUAAACUGACGUUAUGAGGGUUUAUUGAACAUUACAGACAGGAAUGGUUAAACCACUAUAAAUCAUUGUUUUCUGUGGCUUAUCUCGGUAUAUUUGGUGCACUAGGGUAUUUAAUAGUAAAAGUAUACAUAUGCAUGAUGGUAUGUAUGCUGACAUUGUUGCUGAUUUCAUUGCAAUUGUUUGUGGCAAAAUAAAAGUAUGAAGUUAAA